AUGGAAUCACGCAAAGUAUACACCAUUCUUCGAGAUCCUUUGCUGCACCGCACUCAUCGUGUACGACCGUACAAAUGCUCCGACUGUCCGAAAGCAUUCACACAACGAUGCUCACUCGAAUCGCACUGUCGAAAAGUGCACGGUCAACCAUUACCGUAUGCAUUCAAAGAACGUCGAACAAAACUGUACAUUUGUGAGGAAUGUGGUUUCAACACGCAACAUUUGGAAUUAUUCUGCGAACACUCGCAUACUCAACAACCGAACCACCAACCUCCCAUUUAUCCACAUUCACAAUUUAAUCAGCACCAGCAAUCCUCACAAACGCAUCCACCACAACCAGCAGCAGCAGCAGCAGCAGCAGCAGGAGCAGCAGCACAAACAAAGCUAACCUCUCCGUCACAAUCGACCGGACGACGUCAAACCAACUCGACAAGCAGUUCCAGACGUCGUGGUUCCUUCGAUCUACCUGCCAGCGCUGGUCAAACUACACAUGAACCGCGAAGUCACAGUGUGUCUUCUGCUCAGGGUAAAACAACGAAUGGAACAGAAGCGUCUUUACGAAUGCGUGCCGGUUGCCUUCCCACGCAUGUUUGCUGA